GGGGCUGUACGGAGAGCGUGCGGGAGCCUUCACGGUGAUCUGCAGUGAUGUGGAGGAAGCCAAGAGGGUCGAGUCGCAGCUGAAGAUCCUCAUCCGCCCCAUGUACUCCAACCCACCCCUGAACGGAGCCCGCAUCGCCUCUAUCAUCCUAAACACCCCUGACCUACGGAAGGAGUGGCUCGUGGAGGUGAAGGGCAUGGCCGACAGGAUCAUCGGCAUGCGGACUCAGCUGGUGUCCAACCUCAAGAAAGAGGGAUCCUCCCACAACUGGCAGCACAUCACUGACCAGAUCGGCAUGUUCUGCUUCACGGGGCUGAAGCCUGAGCAGGUGGAGCGGCUGACCAAGGAGUUCUCCAUCUAUAUGACAAAGGACGGGCGGAUCUCUAUGGCGGGAGUGACGUCGGGCAAUGUAGGUUACCUGGCUCAUGCCAUCCAUCAAGUCACAAAGUAAAGACAAAGGUGUGUGCCCUGGAGCUGGUGGCCUUCCCUUCCCCACCGGUUGAAGAUGGGGAAGGAAAGGAAACGAGCAGAAUACUUCCCACCACAGCACUUGACGCCGCUGCUGAAUGUAUCUUGUAGAUGAGUUGUUGUAGAAGCCUAGUCAAAACCACCCUGCGCUGUGGAGCAGGGACAUCAUUGCUGGCUCCUGCUCAUCACAGCCGUUCUCCCCUGCUGUCCACCCUGUGUCCAUCAGCCCUGGCACCCAUCUGCGCUGGAGGGAGCGCCCAUCCUACUGGUGUAGGCACCAAAGGCUUCCCCAUGCU